AUGGUUGUAAUCAUCGUCCUCCGCCGCCUCCAGGCCCAGGGUCCUCCGCCGCCUCCAGGCCCAGGGUAUGUGAGUGUUCCUGGCGUAGGAUUCUACCGCGUUCACAAGGAACUGCACACAUGGGCAGAGGCGAAGGCGAUUUGCGAAGCAGAGGGCGGCCAUUUACUCAUCAUCAACUCGGAGGCAGAGGACCACGCGAUUUUGCAAUUGUUGAAGCGAACGCCAAAUCUCUCCACCUGGCUGUUCAUUGGAUUCAAUGACAAGGAACAGGAAGGCUUUUAUGUCACUAUUUUUGGAGAUCCUGUCGCUUCCCUUGGCCACGCGCGCUGGCACCCGGGCCAGCCAGACGACUGGGACAAAAAGGAAGACUGUGGGACUGUGUGGACAGAGUCCGGAGGCCUCAACGACUACAUUUGUGACGGAAAAAUGGGAUUUAUUUGCGAACAACAGACAUUAAAAAACUUGCUGAACUAUUCACACCAGCAUCGGCACACUGGUAGUCGAGUGGAUCAGGAUUGCUCCUAUUUAGUCGUGUCCGUAAGUGUGCGCCGUAGGCGCGUGGCGUGGGCGCUGGUGCUGGCGUGCGUGGCGUCAUUGGGGUUAAACGAAGGAUUGUUCCAGCGCUGGAGCGUGAGCGCGGUGCCUGUUGGCGUGCGCAGAAGGCGCGGUGCGUGGGCGCUGGCGCUGGGGCUGGCGUGUGUGGCGGGGCGGGGGCUAAACGAAGGAUUGUUCCAGUACUGGAGCGUGAGCGCGGUGCCUGUUGGUGUGCGUAGAAGGCGCGUGGCGUGGGCGCUGGUGCUGGCGUGCGUGGCGUCGUUGGGGCUAAACGAAAGAUUGUUCCAGCGUUGGAGCGUCAAUCAAAUCAAUUCGGAGGAAGAGGAUAGAGAGAUUGUGCAACUGCUGAAGCAAGAACAGAAUCUGUCGACAUGGAUGUCUAUUGGAUUUAACGACAUCUACAAAGAGGGAUAUCCUGUAACAAUUUUUAGAGAUCCUGUGUCCGCUCUCGAUUAUUCCCGUUGGCAUCGAGGUCAACCAGACGACUGGGAUAAAAAUGAAGACUGUGGAUCUGUUAUUUCUGAAACAGGAGAACUCAAUGACAUUCCUUGUGAUAUUAAAAUUGGAUUCAUUUGUGAGCAACAAGGCGCGUGGGCGCUGGCGCUGGUGCUGGCGUGCGUGGCGGGGCGGGGGCUAAACGAAGGAUUGUUCCAGCGCUGGAGCGUGAGCGCGGGGCCUGUUGGUGUGCGCAGAAGGCGCGAGGCAUGGGCGCUGGCGCUGGUGCUGGCGUGCGUGGCGGCGCGGGGGCUGGUGCGCGCGCAGCAGUGCCGGCGCGUGGCAGCGAGCGUGACUGUGGGCACCAGCCGGAACGCCUCCGGCCACUGGGAGGCGAGGAUACUGCUUCAGCGUAGUUCCGAACUGCCCGAUCGCGGAAUCGAAGGACUGCAGUUGGAUGUGCAGCCGUCAACCGCCAUGUGCGGGAGUACGCGCCACGACGCAGUUCUCGUUACUCUUCAAGGUAUGGCGGCGUGCGAGGCGGAGGGCGCGCACCUGCUGCUCAUCGAGUCGCCGGCCGAGGACCAGGCCGUGGCGCGGCUCAUCGCCGCCGAGCGCGACCAACCCACCUGCUACUGGGUGGGCUUCCACGACAUGGACCGCGAGGGGCGCUACCAGACUAUUUUCGGCAACUGGACUUUGUUGAAGUUUGAAACAAACCUUUCUGUUUACUCAGCCCAUGUGGGCAGUAGUCGACAAAAUAUCACGUCGCAACUUAACACGGAAGGUGCAGGAAGGAACGUGUGCGGGGAGCUUCAGGAGCCUCGUUUAUUUGGCGAGGCAGAAGGCGUUGGCGUCCUUUCGAAAAGAAACUAA